UAGUACCUCUCCAUCGCACCUGGUAGACCUCCAGAUUAACUGCUGCUGGCUGCAAACACCAAAACACAUGUAGAUUCAGAUUCUCGCUUUCUUUUUCUGUGGCAUGUCAUCAAAUUGUUAAAUGGAAUCAUUAAAAGUAGAUGAGCAGUUACCUUCACCUCCACCGUACUUCUUACAAGAUGAAAGUCAAACUGGGCAAGAUGGGAAGAUCUACCAUAUUUACCCACCUUUCAGCCCUCUACCACCCCCUCAAUUCUCCUUUUCUCCUGGAGAUGGCUCCGCCCAAACACACUCACCUCUAACAGUGUCUGCUCUCCCUCAAUCUACUCCCAAACUGAAUUUUGUGAGCUAUGAAACAGAGCUGUAUCGCUGUCCAGCUCGGACAACAUGCCCCUCUUGUCAGACUCGGGUCACCACGCAGGUCACCUACAAAGUCGGGAGGCAGGCGUGGCUCAUGUGUCUUGUGUUUGUGUUAUGUGGGUUGGUGCUUGGAUGCUGCCUGAUUCCAUUUUUUAUGAACUAUUUUAAGGAUGCCUAUCACACUUGUCCCCGCUGUCGACGGGUCCUCCAUGUAAAAAGGAGGACAUGCUGCGAAUGAACACACACAAGGUUAACUACCAGCAGGCUCAUGUGAUGGCCAAUAAGUUUUUUCAUCUUAACAGGAGUUCAAUUGCAGUAAAAUGUAUGUAUACCUGUCUGAAAGUCAUUCAGGAUAACUUAAAAUAUAUAAAUGUAUAAGUUUAAAUGUGUAAAAUAUUAGGAGAAGACAUGUUGGUUCCUGUUAUGUAGACUUUAAAUAUUUUAAACUAUUUUAAUCAUGUUUUAAAUAAAUAUUUUCUGUCA